AUGGAAAGAUAUGGCAUAGUUGCAGAUGAAGUCAUUUAUGGUUUACUUAUUAGAAUAUAUGGAAAACUUGGUGAAUUGAUAUACGACGCGGAAGUUGAGAAGGCAGCGCGUAAGCGGAGGCAAGAGACCAAGAGACGAAAACAAGGGCACUUAUUUGCUGCAAACGAGUCAGCGGAAGACGAAGUAAGCAUGGCCAACAACCAAACAUUGAGGGAGCUGGCUACCCCGGAGCUGACUCACCAGCCCUUAUGCAUCACAUUCCCCACUUUGGCUGAGAAUACUGCUUUUGAAUUGAAGUCGGGGUUGAUUCACCUCCUACCUUCUUUCCAUGGUCUCUCUGGUGAAGAACCCCACAAGCACGUCAAGGAGUUCGAGGUAGUUUGCUCUAGUAUGAAACCUCCUGGGAUCACUGAAGAGCAAAUUAGACUGAGAGCCUUCCCGUUUUCUCUCAAAGAUGCAGCUAAAGAUUGGCUGUACUACCUACCAGCAGGUAGUAUUACCACAUGGGCGCAGCUGAAAAAGAAAUUCUUAGAAAAAUUCUUCCCUGCAUCCCGGGCUGCGAGUUUGAGGAAGGAAAUCUGCGGUAUUAAACAAUAUCUCGGGGAGUCCUUGUAUGAAUACUGGGACAGGUUUAACAAGUUGUGCACUAGAUGCCCGCAGCAUCAAAUUAGUGAACAAUUGUUAAUCCAAUACUUCUACGAAGGGCUCCAAUCAACCGAUAGAAGUAUCAUUGACGCUGCAAGUGGGGGAGCACUGGCAAACAAGACACCGAGGGAAGCGUGGGAGCUCAUCGAAGCCAUGACAGAGAACUCCCAGCAAUUUGGUUUCCGUGAGAGCAACCCUCCCCGUAAAGUCAACGAGGUAGAGAUUUCAUCCCUACAGCAGCAAAUGUCAGAAUUGACAUCGGUUGUUAGGCAAUUAGCCAUGAGAGACACGCCGCGAGCGAAAGUAUGUGGAAUCUGCACUAGCAUGGACCAUUGCACAGACUCGUGCCCCAUUUUGCAAGAGGACGGGGCGGAGCAGGUGAACAUGGCUGGAGGCGUGCCCGCGCCUCGUAGGCAGUAUGAUCCAUACUCCAACACGUACAAUCCGGAUUGGAGAGACCAUCCCAAUUUCAGCUAUGGGAACAAGCAACAAAAUUCAUUUCCGAAUCGUCCACCAGGAUUUCAGCAACCAUGGCAACCGAAAUCACAACCAUCAUCCUCCAACACAGGGAGUUCCUUGGAGGAUAUUGUCAAGAGUCUGGCUACGACUACCGCCCAGAUCCAGCAAGAGACUAGACAGUUCCAGCAGGAGACCAGGUCAUUGACCACAAAUAUGGCUCAACUCCAGCAAGAAACUAGAGCUUUAACCAUGAGCACCACUCGGUUUCAACAGGACACCAAAGCAGGCAUGAAGGGCAUGGAGAUUCGAAUGAGUCAAAUGGCAACUGCCAUUACCCGCCUGGAGUCCCACGUCUAUGGGAAAUUGCCAUCACAACCCGAGGCAAAUCCCAAGAAUGUAAGUGCCAUGACAUUAAGGAGUGGCAAAGAGGUGGAUGGACCUAAAGUGGUAAAUUCGAAAAGCAAAAGUGAGGAGGAGAUAGAAAAGGAGAUUGAAGAGGAAGGGCGCAUUCGCGAAGAGCCUAAGGAAGUUGGCAGCUAG